AUCGAAUCUAUUGAGUCGAAUGAUCAAUCGAAUCAUCAUUCGAUUCGAUUCAGUCGGAUCGAUUGAACACGUAACCUUCACGCUACCGUACCGUACCAAGUAAGUGCUGACGGGCUCAUGACAGACGCUUUAUGCCACCCUGGCGAUGAUUUGGACCUUCCAUCCGGAUCGGCUGGCAUCGUCGUUGUGGAAGAUCCGAGACGACAAGCAACAACAAAGCGGCAACACCUUCCAAGCAUCGCCUUGCUGUAAUCAAAAGUAGAUUGACAAUGGCAUCCUCUGGUUCUGGGUACGAUCUUUCUGCUGCGACAUUCUCUCCAGAUGGUCGCAUCUUCCAAGUGGAAUACGCCGGCAAGGCAGUGGAGAAUGCCGGUACAGUGAUUGGGAUCCACGCCAAGGACGGCGUCGUGUUGGGCGUAGCCAAACCGCUCUAUCACAAGAUGAUUGUCCCGACAACCGCUUCCUACAAACGCAUUCAUACGGUCGAUGUCCACGCCGGUGUCGCCACAACGGGGUUUCUCCCCGAUGCGCGUGUCUUGGUAGGCCGAGCGCAAGAAGAAGCGGCCGAUUGGCAGGAGCAUUACGGCAGUAAAGUUCCACCGCAUGUCUUGGCGGACCGAUUGGGUCACUAUGUGCAUUACUUUACGUUGCACGGAGCACUACGACCCUUUGGUGCCUCGUGUGUGUUGGGUGGAUACGAUGUCGACACGAAAGAGUGUGGUCUGUACAUGCUCGAACCCAAUGGUGCCGCUUACAAGUACUACGGAGUCGCCACGGGCAAGGGCAAGCAGGUGGCCAAGACGGAAUUGGAAAAAUUGAAUUUGCACAAACAAGACGCCGAGUCGAGUAUGGAUGUGGCGACGGCCGUCAAGAAUGUGGCCAAAAUCCUCAUUCUCUUGCACAAGGAAAAUAAAGACAGUGAUGGAAAACCCAUGGAACUCGAAUUGAGUUGGAUCUGCGAGGCGUCCAAAUGGAAACAUGCACCCAUUCCCAAGGAUGUACUCACGGCAGCCAAGGAAUGGGCCAAUGAACAAUUGGAAGAAGAAGAUGAGGACGACGAAGAAGAAGAGGAAGCCAUGGAAGAGGGUUAGAUACAAUACAGUAGUGUACGCAAGCAAAAAUGAAAGGAAACAAUUCGACCACAAUUAUCAUUACUACCAAAAGCAGCAGCCACCAAACGAAUAGUAUCAUUUCCAUG